AUGGGAAUUUGCAGUUCUUGUGAGGCUACCUCAGUGGCGACUGCCAAAUUAAUCCUUCAAGAUGGACAACUACAGGAGUUCCCUUAUCCAGUUAAAGUAUCGCAAGUGUUACAGAAGAAUCCAACGUGUUUUAUCUGUAACUCCGACGACAUGGAUUUCGAUGAUUUCGUAUCGGCAAUCAAUGAAGAGGAGUUGCUGCAGCCGGGUCAGCUCUAUUUUGCGUUACCACUGAGUAGGUUGAAAUAUCCUCUUCAGGCUGAGGAGAUGGCCGCAUUGGCGGUUAAGGCUAGUUUGGCUCUUAGUAGGAGUAGCGGUCAGUCUAGCCGGAACGGGGUGGUUCCGGUAGUGUUUUCAGGGAAGCGAGCGGUGAAGCCGGAUCAGUCGAGUUUAGGGGGUGAUCAGGAGUUGGUUUUGGGGGUGGAGAGGAGGAGGAGAACGAGGGUUGGUGUCUGUGGUAGUGGCAGAGGACGUAAUUUUAUGUCCGAGUUGACUGCCGUUAAAGAGUGAUUGGACUAGGGU